GUGAUCGCGAAGACAUGGCCAGAACUAAGCAGACCGCCCGUAAAUCCACCGGAGGCAAGGCUCCCCGCAAGCAGCUAGCCACCAAAGCUGCCAGGAAGAGCGCUCCAGCUACCGGCGGAGUGAAGAAGCCUCACCGUUACCGGCCGGGAACUGUGGCUCUCCGGGAGAUCCGCCGUUAUCAGAAAUCCACUGAGCUGCUCAUCCGCAAGCUGCCCUUCCAGCGUCUUGUCCGUGAGAUCGCUCAGGAUUUCAAGACUGAUCUGCGCUUCCAGAGCUCUGCCGUCAUGGCUCUGCAAGAGGCUAGCGAGGCUUACCUGGUGGGUCUCUUUGAGGAUACCAACCUGUGCGCCAUCCACGCCAAGAGGGUCACCAUCAUGCCCAAAGACAUCCAGCUGGCCCGUAGGAUCCGAGGAGAGAGAGCUUAAACUUUUAACCUGCUCACACAAACACCAAAAAGGCUCUUUUAAGAGCCACCAAAUCUGCACUCGAAUGAGCCUAAAUCCUUCCCCUCCAUGUAGCCAUUUUACACCUGUGUGAAUAUAAUCCUAAACAC